AUGGUUGCCAUCUACAACCCCGACGCGCCUGUCUUUGUUCCCAAGCAGCAGAGGCAGACCAACAAUGUGCGUUCAACUAUGAACCCACACACAAACACAACGGGUGUCGUCUUCAACCCCGAGGCGCCUGUCUUCGUUCCGAAGCAGAAGAGCCAGACCAACGACGAGUAUUCAUCUACAAACCCAUACCCAAACGCGAUGGGUGUCGCCUUCAACCCCGAGGCGCCUGUCUUUGUUCCAAAGCAGCAUUCGCAGCCCAACGCCGAGGUUGUCAACCAGGACACGGAGCCCAACCCGUACGGGAUCGAUGAUCAGUUUCCAGACAUCCCACGCGACUCUCCAUCUCCCACUAUGGAGGAUUACAGUACCGCAUCCUCUACCCUGCAUCUGGUAAGCGGCGACGUCACAUUGCUUGCCUCCUUCAAUAUGGUAAGCUAUCGUGACGGACCGUAUUCCGUCAGACGUGUCAACUACGAGUUCGAGGUAGUGGAAACAACCACCUCUUGGGAUUAA